CCGUCUGCAGCAUUUUUGACGUAAAACCAAACCGGUUAAAGGUCUCUAUGAAAGGUUUUGCGCUGUAAUUUGCAGUGGAAUUGUAUAGGAUAGUUAUUUUGGAGAUGCCUAUGGACAGAAUAGUUCUACUUUUGCUCUCAAAGGGAAACGUAAAGGGCCUUCUUUUAAAAAAAAUUAUUUAUUGGAGAAUUGGUGUCAGUCUACACUUCCUUCUUAUCUCUAUGCCAACAAGAAGACGACCGCCGUCGCGCAAGUAUCGUGCGCGCGCCUGCGCGGAGGCGAGCUCCCGGUAACCAAUAGGGCCGGAGAAGGCCGAGGUCUGCCGCGCAUCGCGCGAGAAUUUAACAGUACAGCGUGACAGAGAGGGGGGGCGUGGAAGGUAGAGGAGCGUCGCUCUUCCAGGCUUUAGAAGCGGUGUUUGUUCCUCGUGUGCGUGUGUGUGACGUUGCCCCGCAUCUUUCACCCUGUCUCGGGAUAUCAGGUGAGAGGGUGACAGAAAUGGAAACUGAUACUGUAAGAAGUAAAGCCAUGGAAAAAGAAACCACUGAACAAAGAAAGGAACGUGAAAAAAAGAAAAGGUCUAGAGUUAAACAGGUGCUUUCAGAUAUAGCAAAGCAAGUAGACUUCUGGUUUGGCGAUGUCAAUCUUCACAAGGACAGAUUUCUUCGAGAACAAAUAGAAAAAUCAAGAGAUGGUUAUGUUGACAUAUCACUUCUGGUUUCUUUUAACAAAAUGAAAAAGCUAACCACUGACAGAAAAUUGAUAGCACGUGCAGUUAAAAGUUCAUCUGUGGUAGAGUUGGAUUUAGAAGGAAUUAGAAUCAGAAGACGGCAGCCACUGGGUGAGCAGCCUAAAGAUGUGGAUAGUCGUACAGUAUAUGUGGAAUUGCUUCCAAAAAAUGUCAAUCACAGUUGGAUUGAAAGGGUAUUUGGGAAAUGUGGCAAUGUAGUUUAUAUCAGUAUCCCUCGCUAUAAGACAACUGGAGACCCAAAGGGAUUUGCAUUUGUUGAAUUUGAAACAAAGGAACAGGCCGAAAAGGCAAUUGAGUACUUGAAUAAUCCUCCAGAAGAUGCACCAAGAAAGCCUGGGAUGUUUCCCAAAACUGUUAAAAACAAGGUCGUUCCUGCAUUACCAUCAAGUGAUUCCAAUGUAGUUGAAGAAAAGAAGAAGAAAAAGAAGAAAAAAUCCAAAACAAAGAAGGAGAGUAGCCAGCAACCAACUGCAGAAGCAAAAGAAUUAAAUGUAGGCAUUACUACAGAACACACAAGUAGGUCAAAGAGACACAGGACAACGUCUGAGAGCUCUGAAAUGGAAGCAUCAGAAAUCCAACGGCCGUAUUCAAAGAAAGAGAAAAGGAAGUUUGAUAGAAUGGAAAGCUCAGGUUCAGGAGAAAGUAGACCAGGAAAGAGGAAACGAUGCCACUCUGGGGAUGGAGAGGUGUCGAUUGUAAAGGCAAAGAAAACAUUUCAGAAAGAUGUUCAUUCUACAAAAGAGGAAUCUGCAGAGGGACCAGAGGAUCCCAAAGAAAUUUCCACUGAAGAGGAGAGAGAGGUUGGUGAUAAGAAAGAUACAUCUCUUUCAAAAUCUAAAAGGAAACAUAAAAAGAAACAUAAAGAGAGACACAAGAUGGGAGAAGAGGUCAUUCCACUGAGAGUCCUUUCAAAAAAUGAAUGGAUGCAGCUGAAGCAAGAAUACUUGGCACUACAGAAAGCCAGCAUGUCCUCUCUGAAAAAAGCAAUGGCCCAAAUAAAAACGUUGACUGCUGGAGAAAUGGAAACAGAUGCCUGUAUCCCUAAUCAGCCUGCAGAAAGAAAUGGAAAAUGUAAAGAAAAUUCUUCCCAGGAUGGUUCAGCUCCUGUUGAAAAGGUUCACACAAUGGGCCCCCAGUUUGAGGGUGGAGUAAUAGUCAAGAUCAUUAGUGCUGAGCCCUUGCCAGGCAGGAAGCACAUCAAGGAUAUGUUAGCAACAUUAGCUAAUGUUGCUUAUGUUGACUUGCUGGAAGGUGACACAGAGUGUCAUGUGCGGCUUAAAACUCCUGAAGAUGCACAAACUUUAUUAAAAUCAAAUAAAGAACUACAGACGAAACACAAUUGGAAACUUGAGGUCCUUUCAGGGGAUCAUGAACAACGAUAUUGGCAGAAGAUUUUGGUGGACCGACAGGCUAAACUUAAUCAACCAAGAGAAAAGAAGCGGGGUACAGAGAAGCUGAUUGCAAAAGCUGAAAAAAUGAGGUUAGCGAAGACACAAGAGAUAAGCAAGCAUAUCCAUUUCUCCGAUGACGACUAAAUUCAUCUAAUUUACUUGUAUGAAUUGCUGUUUAGAAAAGAAAUUAAACUGUUCUUCUGAAGAAAUGAUCUCUUUGCUUCAUAAUAUUAAGGGACACAAAUAAAGACAUUGUGCAUUCCUGUUAAUGCAGUCAUUUGAAUUGCUACUUGGGCCUGUUUUAGAAUGUAUUAAGCAAGCUCUUAUAUGUAUUUGUCCCAGGUUUUUGUACAAUGCAUUUUUAUAAACUGAGGUGUAAGUAUGAUCCAAAUAAAAAGGCUAAAUCUUCAUAAUUAAUUGGUAUCUAUUGUUGAAAUAAAGGACGAGAAUUCUGACUCUCUUUCUUAAUGACUUGUAGAAAUGAGACCACCUCUUGCUUUCAAAAUUAGGUAAUUUCUUUGUUAGCAGCAAGUUUUGCAAGCCCUCCUAUGCGAAAUGCAAAAAAGAGCUGAAGUUGUGGGUGUUGGAGUAAAGUAGAACAAGAAACUUGAUGUAAAAAUAGAACUGUACAUUUAAACUGAUGGGGACCAUUUUAUAUUAAACUUAAUUUGCUGAAUUAUACUGUCCUGUACAGGACGCAGGUGGCGCUGUGGGUUAAACCACAAAGCCUAGGGCUUGCCGAUCAGAAGGUCAGAGGUUCGAAUCCCCACGAUGGGGUGAGCUCCCAUUGCUCAGUCCCUGCUCAUGCAAACCUACCGUAGCAGUUCGAAAGCACCUCAAAGUGUAAGUAGAUAAAUAGGGACCGCUCCGGCGGGAAGGUAAACUGCGUUUCUGUGUGCUGCUCUAGUUUGCCAGAAGCGGCUUUGUCAUGCUGGCCACAUGACCUGGAAGCUGUAUGCCAGCUCCCUCGGCCAAUAACGCGAGAUGUGCGCCACAACCCCAGAGUAAUGGUCAGGGGUCCCUUUACCUUUACUGUCCUGUACAGAUUAAUUUGCUGUGUAGCAGGCUUCCUAAGAUGGGUGAGGCAUCUUUCUCCAGACCCAAAGAAUCCUUAUUGUAGACCUGAGAGAGACAAUCUUCAUCUUAGCAUUGUAAAUGAUAGCAGUGUCUUUGCCUCUUGUACUCUGAGAACAUUUUAUUAAAUCCUUUCUUGCUCUUACUUUUAAGUGUAAAUGGGACACAGGAAAUAGGUUGCAUCAUUCUCUCUGAUUUUGCUCAAAAGAACUUAUUAUGGGGUACAAAUAUUUGUUCAGGAACUGAUUGAAAUGUGAAAAUAAACUAAUACAAAUGUUCUAAAUGGAUGCCAAUUCUCAUAAAGUUACCAUUACACACACUAACUGAAAAAGAAGAGGGCUCCAAAAGGCAAUUUAGAAAGAGAGACUGGGUCUAAUGCAUUGGGGUUUUUUU